GAGCCGAGUCUCAUUUCCAUCCGACAUCAGGCUCCUGUGGCAGCGGCUCAGCGGCUCAGCGGCUCAAACCCGGGACACAAACCGGGACACGGCCUCCGGAGACAAGUGUCCACGGAGGUUUUGAACAUGUAGAAGAAGAGGAGGCGCAGGAGGCUCGUCCCGUCCAUGGAUAUUUCCCCGGAGCCGAACUGUUCGCAUCGGGAAAACAGAGCCCAGGAAGUCCGCCUGGAGAGCGACCAAUCACCGCAGAGAAGCAGAUAAACAAGCCUCAUGAGAACAUAAGACCAACAGGUUCAGAGGCCGUAUCGACCAUGUUGGCCUGUAUCCAAAGACGACAGAACUUCCCCUCACAGCAUCUCAACUGCUCCGCCAGAAGUGUCAUGGCGUCGGCUCCUCCGCUCCUUCUGUCAGCGCCACAUCUGCAGCCCGGCGUCUCCAAAGGGGAGCCUGUCUCACGAUACCCGUCUCCUGCAGAGCUGGACGCCUUUGCUCAGAAGACCGCCCGGAACCCACUGACCAUUAAAAUCUUUCAAACUGAAGUGCGGGUUCCACAACAUAAACAGUUAAACAAGACGGUGAACGGGCUGGACACGACGGGACAGAGCUACAGCUCGUGCCCGUACUCCAGGGGGUAUCAGGGUUUGUUGGCCAUAGUUAAAGCCUCAGUGACGAUCAAAGGAGUCGUGAAAAACUCCGAGGGAAAAAGGACUAAACAUUCGAGCGGACAGGCCUCUGUGGGGCCGUACGGUAACGCCCCCUACAGGCAGGGGCAUAAAGCCUAUCACACGAGCUCGUGUAAGGCUCCGGACGUGCCCACAGACACGCACUGCUCCAGCGCCAGGGCCUCGGGGGACCCGGGCCGCGCCCCCCGGGCGGAGCUGGCGCAGGUUCAAAGCCUGAUGAGGCAGAUGAGCAGAAACCCCCACAGAGAGCAGCUGGGAGGAGAGGCCCGAGCCAGCCCGUCUGUGCAGGCCGCCGCCGCCGUGGCCCCCCAGAGCGGGGUGACGUACGCGGGCGCCGUCGUGCCCACGCAGACGGCGGGCACGGCCAAAACGGUGUACUUGGACAAAGCCGACUACAGGACGUCCUGGCAGCGCAAGCAACAACAGACGCAGCAUUAUCAGCACAGAGCAGUGAGGUACAGCGCCGGGACUCACGCCGGGACUCACGCCGGACAGUCUCCUGACGCCGUCAUGUCGUUGGCUUAUCCCUCUCAGCUCUCGUACCGUCUCCCUCUUCCCGGCGUCCAGGACAGGGGCAGCGCCUCCUCUUUGAACUGCAUGCAGGGAGAUUUCUCUACCGGCCCGUACUUCGCUUCUCUCUGGGACAACAGUUUAACGUCGGCUCCAAACAGUGACAGUAGUUUCCAGUCUCAGUUGUUGGGCGUCUGUCCCGCUCGACCCAGAGACCUGCCUCUGUCCAAUCAUCAUCCUAAAUGUCACCAACUCCAUCAUCACCAGACGCAGCACCCGGCGCCGCAGCCCCACCCUCACAGCCACCAGGCCUACAGCGCCGACCACACGCUGACGGGAGGCCUGCCCACGUCCAGCCUGUGCCACGCCGCUCUGCUCAGCAGCAGCCUGCAGUCUUUGGAGUGCCUCAUCAGUGAGAUCCAGCCUCCCUGCAUCAAAGAGCGCAUGCUGGGGCGUGGGUACCAGGCCGUGGGGAUGCCUCUGCUGCUGGAGCCUCAGCAGAGCCACAUCCAGCUCCCUGUCUACAGAUAAGACACAAAAAGGACUUUUUUAGACGUGUGAGACGUGUGUCCACUGCACCAGGUUUUGUGCUGGACCUGGAGAAUCAUGUGGAUUUUUUAAACUUGUCAAAAACCUGCUGCAUCAGAACCGCGCUCUUCAGCCUCAGUUCAUUAGGUCAUUUAUUUCAAGAGUUGUUUUAAUUGUUUUGUAAAUAUACAAAUAUAUAUUUUUACAGAAAAUCUUAUUUGUGGAACAUUCCUUUGACCAUCAGAUCUUUGGUUAUUGGCUCCUUUGUGCUGGACGUCUGAAGAAUCAGAGAUGAUGUUCCCUUAUUAUCUCGCCUUUGCAAACAGCAGCCGCUUUAUGGGGAAACAGUUUGAUCUUUUGCAUAAAAAGUACAGUUUUUACAGAGUACAAAUGUAAAUCAGUCUGAUGUGGUUAGGCGGCUCUGCGUGUGGAGACUCUGUAACCAAACGCCAUCAGGAGAUGUUUGCAUUUUCACUUGUGUUUUUGUUUCAUUUUGAAACUCCUGGGAUAUUGUGGAUGUUUACAGUUUAAUGAAAGGUUUGUGUCCCAGGUAAAGCUGCGUGCCACGAUGAAGCUACGGCCAUUUGAACCAACUGAAUCAUUUGAAUCAAUUGAAUCAUUUGAAUCAUUUGAGUCAAUUGAGUCAAUUGAGUCAUUUGAAUCAAUUGAAUCAAUUGAAUCAUUUGAUUCAUUUGAUUCAUUUGAUUCAUGUCAUGUUCCUUGUUUUCGGGCUCCAGUCUUAGUCUGGAGUCGUGUGUCUCGUUCGUUCAUGUUUUAUUUAUUUGGGCUCGUUGGGUUUUUAAGGCGUCUCUAUUAUAAAGUGCAAUUAUUAUUAUUCUAUAAAGUAUGUGAACACUGUCCAUGAAAAUGAUGUUAACAUGAUUUCAAAUGUUUGACCCUAAUCAGUUUUUGCCUCUUCGUAAAAUGAAAGUCAAGUAAACGACAUUUUCUAG